CAACAAGGCGACGAAAAGCGAGGUCAAAGAACUUUUUCAGAUCCUUUCCAAACAAUGAGACAAUCCUGACACGAAACACGACUACUAUGCCACUGGGAAGGAACGAACGGCAGGGCUUGGGCAGAGAGCACGGUUGGGUGUUCCAAGCGAGGUGAUGACCGCGGACACGACAUGACGAGUCUGACACCAACAUCAUCGCCAUCGACGCGGGCAACGGGCGCCUUGCAAAUUUGUGACGGCACCGGGCAAGCAGCCACGAAUGCUGCAGGCAAGCCGACGUCCUCCAACUGUGCCACGACUCGCCAUGCCAUGUUGCAGACGGCGAAAGACACGCUCGCCGUGCUACAGCCCCUCGCAGACGAGGUUGGGCUACUCCUUGAUGGCAUGAGAGACAGGGUCAAGUCGGUGCAGACAACAGGGCUCCCUGCAUUGCUACGAGACCUGAACAAGACGCAGCUCUCUCUCGAGCAGAUGCGUUCUGACCUCGCGACACCUCUAGAUGACCCAACCCUCAAGGCCCUCGGCCGGAGGCUCGAAGUCUGCACCAUCGACGCGUCCCACGGUCGGACCAAGUGGGACAUCAUCAAGCGGUGCAAGUCACUCGUGGCCGUCAACCAGUCCUUCCAGGGCUCGGAUAGGGAUGCACGCAAGAGGGAGAUCGCCCGCAUGGCUGGCCUGCGUGGUCGCGAGAAGCAACGACUGCACCGCACGCUCAAGGAGCUGGCCAAGAUUCAAGUCGACGUAGUCGACAGAGGUGCCGAGUGGCUUGAUGUUCGCACGCUGCAGCCGGACAGACUGGCGCGUCAGAUGACGGACAGUGGUUGGGGCUGGGGCGAGCAUUCGGUCGGCGACGACAUCGACCCGUCCGAGUGGGAGGACGUCCCGCUGGCGAGGCAGGUCAGACGACUGGCGGCGGCCGCCCUGAUGAACCGACACGAGUAUCGGGUCCCGCGAGUGCGCGUCGUGCUGACCAACAUUAGUCGUCGGACGAGCAACGACGUCGACGCGUUCUUGGGCCAGCUGUCGAGAAUCGACCCUGCGGUCCAGGUCGUCUUCGAGGACCAGGACGGCGACUUCCUGCAGCAACCUUCCCCGCCGCUCACAGAGGCCAUCAAGAGUCUCCUGGGCAGUGAGCUGGACGGCCUCACGCAAACGCUGAACCUGGACCAUACGGUACUGGUUGACCUCAUCUCCGACAUUACACACCUUCGCCUCCAGCCCCAGCCGUGGCAGGAGGAGACGACCCGGACGCAGAUUGUAGAGGAGAACCAAAGCGAGGGAGGUGUCAUGGCGCGGACGCUGUAUCCCAUACUCGACGGUAGGACCCUGGUGUGCACCAAGGAGGCGGCCGAGCACUUUCACGAGGUCCUCAAAACAGUCGGGACGAGCACCGAACGCGAGCGCGGGCGGCUGCUCGUGCCCUUUGACGACGAGACGCGGCUCAUGUCGGACGCGGCUCAUGUCGGACGCGGCAAUUCGCUCACGGUUCGAGCAACUAUCUAUACACCGGCUCCCGGCCACGGUGCAGAUGCCCGUCCGUGUCCUCGAGCAAGACUGGGACUGGCCCUUGAUGGAGCGCGCCGUCUCCGAGGGCCGACUGCCGCCCGUGGCACUCGACGUGGCGCGUUGCGCGAGCUUCAAGAGCUCCAAGCUGUCCACGUACAUGCAUGGGUGGGCGACGGACGAGGUGACGGUGACAUCGAACAAGGAGGUGCGCGGGCAGAUUUGCACCUGGGUGGAAGCGAAUCGGCGGGACGAGAGCGACUACGGGCCGCGCAUUUGGAGAGUCGAUGCCACGAGGAAUCUGCUCGCCAAGAGCGCGACCCCACGGGGCGCCACGCCGCCCGAACAUGAAGCGGAAGCGGAAGCAGACGCGGAAGCUGAAGCCGUCGAUCAGGGAAAGAAUGACGACAUUGGCGCGACACGGCUACGAACAGCAUCUGAAAGAUUGCAUCAAUGCCGGCCAGUUCACGGGGCUGCCGAGCUUGACUUCAAAGGAUGAGAUUGUGGCAACGGCGCACGCAAGACAUGAUCUUGACCAAUACGCCGACGGGAGCUAUAGAAGGGAAAUAUGUACAAUAAACAAGCGUUUAGUACGGAAGAACCGACGAUGGAAAUGCACCAGCCGGCAUAACAUGACCUUGCUGAUUCUUCCCAAACCACCGACAACACCAACCAGGUCCGCGGGAACAGAACAGAAUACUGAAGCUCUAUACUCAGUGGGUGGGCGGCGCGGUUUCACGGGGCAACUGCCCGGCGUUGCACGCCAAUACGGUGGUGGUGUAAGGGGUGGUGGCGGUGACGGUGGUAGUGUAGAGAAUCUGGGGCCCAGGGCCGAAGUGAAGGCGGGCAAAGCGGGCCGGGGUGCAGGGCCCGCAAUUGACGUGGCGGGUGUGCGUGGCCGUGGCGGUGUAGGUGGUGCUGGUCGGGCCCCAGGUGCCGCGGAGCCUGCCCAUGAUCUUGCGAGGGCAUUUGGUCUCGUUCUCGCUGUAGCCGGGGUGUUUGUGGACGAAGUUUGGGGAGUCGAUGAAGGCGCCGUGUUCUAGGCGAAGGCUGGCCGACACGUAGAAGAGAGAGCCCACGAGGGCCGUGGCGAGGAGAUGGAACAGGGACGGGGCCAUGUUGUCGUUGUCGUUGUCAAUGUGUAUAUCUAUAUAUCGUUGGGUUCGACAAUGGCAGUGAAGCGUCGUUGCUCGGGGGGGCUAUCUCUUGAUGAUAUGGUUCGUGGGUUGGUGGCGACGACGGCGGCGGCGGCGGCGGCGACUUCGACGACGACAACGACGACACUGACGACACUGACGACACUGACGACACUGACGACACGACGA